AUGGGGGCCCCUGGGGCCCUAGGGGCCCCCGGGUCCAUGGGGGCCCCCGGGGCCCUGGGGCCCCUGGGGGCCCCCCGGUCUGGGUGCACAGUACCCUGGGGGGGCCUCCCACCUUUUGGGAAUCGCCUGGCCCUCAUGGGGCCCCCCGCGCCCCGGAGUUUAGAAGAAGAUCCAUUUGCAGAUUGUGGACCCGUGCCCCCGCAGCAGCAGCAGCAGCAGCAACAGCACCAGCAGCAGCAGCAGCAGCAGGGCGCGCACGCGUUUGCAGCAACGGCAGCUGCAGCUUCUAGUGGCGGGGGGCCCCGUCAGCAGCAGCAGCAGCAGCAGCAGCAGCUAGAGAGCAGCAGGACUCCAAUGUCUUCUGCUUCUCAGAGCCCCUUGAGUACCCUUUCAGCAGGAGGGGCCCCCGCUGCUGCUGGGGGCCCCCCCGCUGCUGCUGCUGCGUGGCCCGACGUGGAGACCCAAACUGCAGCAGCAGCAAAAGGGGAGGGGGGCCCCCCAGUACCCAACGGCCUGCAGGGGCCCCAGCCCAGCAGGCCCUUCCCGGGGGGCCCCCCAGUACCCUCAGGGGGGGCCCCCCUGGACUUGGCCUUAAGCAAGAAGCAGCAGCAAGAGCCAGCCUGGCCUGGGGACUUAGUCCGUGAAGAAGCUCCGGCCCGGCAGCAGCAGCAGCAGCAGCAGCUGCUGCAGCAGCUGCAGCAGCAGCAGCAGGAGCAGCAGCAGCUGUGGCCUGGGUCCCCCUCUGACCCCACACCCCUCGCCUCUGCUGCUGCUGUUGAUGGCCGAAGGUUCUCUUUUGGGGCCCCCCAAAGGGACCAGGGGCCCCCCGAGGGGCCCCUUGGCCACAAGGGGGGCCCCCAGUACCCUCCCAGUUCUUGGAAGGGGCCCCAAGUACCCUUUUCUGCUUCCCAAGCGGACAAAACCAAGAGGGGCCCCUCCACACAAAAGUACUCUCCUCGGGCCUCCCUGGGGGCCCCUGGGGGCCCCCCUGGGGGGCCCCCUGGGGGCCCCCCUAUGGGGGCCUACGUGGGGGCCCCCCUGGGGGCCCCCGAGGGCCUCCAGCCUCUCGGACCAUCCCCACAAGAACGCGCUGCUGCUGCUGCUUCGGGGGGCCCCCGGGGGCCCCCAGGGGGCCCCUGGGGGCCCCCCGCCGCCGCCUGCGGAGGCCCCUGA